AACCAUAUCCGGUGGAAUCCCUUUCUCCUUAUCAGCUGUUAUAGAAGUGGAACACCAAACACCAUGGCUGCUGCAGCGAGAAAUAAGGCGCUAAAUCUGAUGCGACACGUUGCAAAAUCAUGGCAACAUAUAGCUCCAGAGGCUACAGGUGUGACAUUGAACAAUAGAUUUGGAACAACAGCUGAUCCUCUUACUCAGAAGGAAUAUGCCUUUGAGAUGGCAUGCUCUAAUAUCCGGUAUGGUCCAGGAGUCACUCAGGAAGUUGGCAUGGACUGUAAGAAUUUGGGCGCCAAGUUAGUAUGUGUGAUGACGGACAAGUAUUUAAAGUCCCUACCCCCUGUCCAGGUGGCGCUGGAAUCACUGGAACGCCACAAAAUCCCAUACAAACUGUAUGACAGAUGCAGAGUGGAGCCUACAGAUGAAAGCUUUAAGUCAGCUAUAGAUUUCUCCAAUGAGCACGAGUUUGACGUAUUUUUGGCUAUUGGAGGAGGAUCAGUCAUGGAUACUUGUAAGGCAGCCAAUCUCUACUCCUCCAAGCCAGGCUCGGAACUCCUUGACUACGUUAAUGCUCCCAUCGGAAAGGGACUCCCUGUUACUCACCAGCUCAAGCCUCUUAUUGCAGUGACCACGACAGCCGGAACAGGAAGUGAGACAACAGGAACAUCAGUGUUUGAUUAUCUCCCCAUGAAGGCUAAGACAGGUAUUUCCAACCGUGCCCUACGCCCCACCCUCGGAAUUGUCGACCCUCUACAUCUCCUUACGAUGCCGGAAAGAGUAACUGCAUACAGUGGAAUAGAUGUCCUUUGCCAUGCUAUCGAGUCAUACACUGCCGUCCCCUAUGAGGAGCGAGUCCCACGUCCAGAAAACCCAAAUCUGCGACCAGCAUACCAGGGCUGCAACCCAAUCAGUGAUAUCUGGUCAGGGCAUGCUCUGAGGAUGACCAACAAAUACCUCAAAAGAGCUGUAUACGACAAAGGCGAUGUUGAGGCUAGAUCUACAAUGGGGUUAGCCGCGUCCUACGCUGGCAUCGGCUUCGGAAAUGCUGGAGUACAUUUGUGCCAUGGCAUGUCCUAUCCAAUUUCUGGACUGGUCAAGGAUUUUGUCUCCGCAGGAUACGACAAGGAUAUUGCACUAGUCCCCCACGGUCUGUCGGUCAUAGUGUCUGCCCCAGCUGUAUUUGAGUUCAUGGCACCCGCAUGUCCAGAGCGCCACCUGGAGGCUGCAGAAUUCCUAGGUGUUGAUAUUACGAAUAAGAAGAAGGCAGAUGCUGGCAAGGUCAUUGGCGACAGACUUCGCGAAAUCAUGCAAGAAAUCGAAGUCCCUGAUGGUCUUAUAGCUCUUGGAUACAGCAAAGAGGACAUCCCAGCACUUGUCAAGGGGACUUUACCCCAGCAUCGAGUGAUUAAGCUGGCUCCUCGGCAGCAGACGGAGGAAGAUCUUACACACAUAUUUGAGAAUUGCAUGAGAGUUUACUAAAUAUUUGUGUGUUUGGUAUGACAAAUAUGCCACAGAAACCUGACUGAACUGAACAUCACUUCGAAUAUUAUCUGUGUUCAUUUUAUCCAGGUUUUGCGAAUCGUGCAAAUGUGAUUUAGAUGUUUAAAAGUGGGAAUAACUGCAAAUAGAAAAAAAAAAUUAAAAAAAAAUCAAUAAAUAAAAUUAAAAAAAUAUCCUGAAAAUACACAUUGGUAAAGUCUAGUUAUGGACAGAGGCCUAAUCUGAGUCUCCAACUGGAGAUUUUUAAAAAUGAAAUAUAUACAGUACAUUAGUCAUAAAAUACUUAAACAUCAAAAUGAUUGAAUUUAAGUAAAAUCAUAGCAAAUCUCCAGUUUGUGAAGGUAUUUCAAACAUGAGAUGUUUAGGUUUCCAGCUUUGACCCUUAACCCUUUUGCCCUUACUGAUCAUAUUUGGCUUCAAAUAAUGAAUGAAUGGCAGAGCCCACUAAAGUUUCUUUAAUAGUGUUAAAAAGGUUAAACGGUAUAAAAAUGGAGUUUUAAUAUGAAGAGUUAUAUAGAUCUGUGUAUUUGUUUAAGGUGAAUUUAACACAGGGAAAUAACAAUAAUAUCAAUAUGUAUUAAAGAAGCACACAUUGGUACAAACAGAUCAACUUUUAUAGUUUCUGAUUAAACAGUUUUCUAAUUCAGUUCCAUUUGACAAUACAUAUAGAAGUUUAAUUCAACUUAUAAAGCAUAUAGGGCCAUGGCACAAUUUUCCAGGUCACAAUCCAUUUACAUGUAUACUGAUACAUUAUAUGGUGGGUUGGGUUCUUGUGCUUCGUCUCUGUGUAAUAAAGUGUUUUUUAAAAAAGUUAGAGUGUGGUAUUUAAAAAGCCUUUUCCAAAUUGUUAUAUAUUUUUUAAAAUAUCUGUUGAUUAACACAAAAGAUAUAUUUUUGUACCAGACAUUUAGCCAAUACUUUUAUACUUUUACUACUUUUUAAUCUGUAAUGCUGUCAUUUGUCUUACUGGAACACAGGGCAAUUGCUUAAGACACGAAGCUAUGUAAGAGGGAUAACUCUGGUCAGGUUUUAAACAAAAGAUAAGGCUGUAGUAUACUAUUAUACAAUGUAGUAUACUAUUAUACAAUGUAGGAUACUAUUAUACAAUGUAGUAUACUAUUAUACAAUGUAGUAUACUAUUAUACAAUGUAGUAUACUAUUAUACAAUGUAGUAUACUAUUAUACAAUGUAGUUAGUAUCAGAUUUCUUUAGUUUUAUAUUUAGGAAAGACUAGUGGUGUAAUAUUGAUUAUUUCGUUUUAAAACACUUAUAUUUAAGAAGAGAUGUAAGCCAGUGGAGUUUGCACACUAAAAUUAAUUAAACAUCCAUUUGAGUUUCUUUAGUGAUCAUUUAGAGUGAAAAAUAAAUAUUUUGGACGUUUUUAAAAUUAUCAAAUUUAAAACUCUAUUAAUGUGUGAAUGUGUAUGAACUUCAUCAAAUGAUGCUCUGGAUUGGUGAGCACAACCAAAGGAUGAGCUGGAGUCGGCGAGCACAACCAAAGGAUGAGCUGGAGUCCAAGAGCGCAGCUUCAUCGAACUCGACCUAUUAUUUGGGAUAGGAAAGUAAUGAAGUAAUUGAUGCCAAAAUGUGCAGUGAUGUGCUAAUGAGGAGCUUCUAGAGAUGUUCAUCGUUUGAUUAAAGGACAUAAUUUGAAUAUGGUAAUCACUUUAAUUUGGUUGACAAAGAGUUGUUAUGGCAUUUGAACUACUAUUCUUCUGUUUUACUAUUCUAGAUAAUGAUUAUAUUAAGUUUUAUUCUUCAAUAAGGCAUAUGUAGAUCUAAUGUAUUCUCUAUCAACAUUGUGAUUGGCAUGUAGCUAGGUCAGAACAUGAUACAUAAUUUGUAGGGUAACCCUGAAGGGUUUCCGAAUGACUUAGGGUUACCUGCUGUAGCUCAGUCCGAACAUGAUACAUCAUUUGUACCAUAACCCUGAAGGGUUUCCGAAUGACUUGGGUUACCUGCUGUAGCUCAGUCCGAACAUGAUACAUCAUUUGUACCAUAACCCUGAAGGGUUUCCGAAUGACUUAGGGUUACCUGCUGUAGCUCAGUCAGAACAUGAUACAUCAUUUAUAGCAUAACCCUGAAAGGUUUCCGAAUGACUUGGGGUUACCUGCUGUAGCUCAGUCAGAACAUGAUACAUCAUUUGUAGCAUAACCCUGAAGGGUUUCCGAAUGACUUAGGGUUACCUUCUGUAGCUCAGAUCAUGAUACAUCAUUUGUGGUGUAACCCUGAAGGGUUUCCGAAUGACAUAACUAGGGCUUUUCUUCUCUCCGCUAGGUUCCUUAAAAAAACAUCUUCAUGAGCGCAGCUUAGUGGAGAGAAACGUUACAAAAGCAGGUAAUCGACCUUAGACAGAACUAAGUUUGAGCAAGAAAGUAUUUGGAAUGGUUCAUCCUUCCGUCAUUCAUUAUGAAUAUAACAAGGAGAAUAGCAAAAUAAAUAUUAUUUUUUCUUUGGCGACUGCAAUGUAACCAUAAUGAUUUAAUCGUUUUGAUGAUGAUGUGCCCUGUAAUUCCUGUCAAAAGAUGCUCCCCAAGAUGCUUCUGAGAAUCAUGGAAUGAGUUAGCCUAAGUUUCCUCUGACCCUGAUACCAUGUUAUGGUGUCCCCCGGUGUUUAUUAUCCCGGGGCUGUAAUUUUUACCAAAUUUUAAUCUAGCCCCCACAAAACAUCUGAAAAUGUGCUUUGCACACAAGGGGAGGUCCAAAUACAUGUAGACUGUAACUAAUUCUCAAGUCCCUGUUGUGUAGAUCACCAUAAAACCUGGAAUUAUUGUACAUUGUAUUUACAAUAACAAAAUGUCUUGCUCUGCAGCUGCACCUCUUUGUAUUGCGAGUACAUUACAAUGAAUAAUGAUACUUAUUGUCAAAUAGCGUCAUCAUGUUCUCAUGCAUAUAUAUAGGGUCUUGAAUGAGUUUUUAUUUUAUAUGAGAGUUUAUGAUACAAGUCUGAGAAUUUUUGUCUAAAAUUUUUUGCAAGCCUUUACAAAUCUGAUGACGCGUUUAAGAUAUUUUUUAUCACAUUACUGAAAAAUACAUUUUGACAGGUUCUGAAGUCAAAAUGUGAAGAAGGUCAGAAUCGAACGAAGGCAGCCAUUUUGUUGCACCACUUUCAAUUCAUGACAUCAUGUCAUUGUCCAUAUUCUGACGUCACAAUCAAUUUCUGACUGGUGCACAGCCAAUGAUAAACGGUCCAGGGUAUAUUGCAUUAGACGUGUUUACAAAAAUAUAAUGGAGGUGAAUUCACUGGUAAAGGCUCAUUAUGUGAUAAAAAUGUUGUAAUUUUUUAAAUCAGUGAAAUUGUUGAAUAUGUAUUUGUAAGUGUAUAAAUAAUGAGGGUCACAUGUUUUUAUAAUAAAUAGUUUCAGUUGUACUUUAGCAUUGUCAAUGAUUUUAGCAUUAACUAGUAAUGCUUUUCUAAUGAAUAGUUUCAAUUAUACUAUAACAUUGUCAAUAAUUUUAGCAUUAAUUAGAAGAUGCAAUCCUAGUCACUCAAUCCUGUGUUGUGACAAUAUUUACAUUGGUCUGCAUCAACAGGAUAUUGUCUUUAUUUUUGUAAACAAAAUCAAUUCUUGAAAUGAUAUUAUAAUGAUUUACAUAAUUAAAAAUUUUUACACGG